AUGCAACUAGAGUUUCUGGACUUUGAAGCCGCGUUCGACUCUCCUCAUCGAGGCCGUCUUCUCAACGCGCUGAGCGCCGAUGGAGUACCAGGAAAGUUCGUUCGCUUGCUUGAUGACAUGAAUCAACGAACAACUGCUGCAGAUCGAACACCAGCCGGAUGUACAACACCGUUUGAAGUGAUAACUGGAAUAAGACAAGGAGCAGUGGCAGGACCUUUCUUGUUCAAUUUCGCAAUCGACGACAUUAUGCGAAGAACAGUCGACCAGUGUCCUGCCGACAUUGUCAGUAUUGUGCAGUACGAAACUUCAACAUGUUGUCAACCUUGUAUCGAAGCUGGCUGCAGCCUAUGGACUACGCCUACGCCCUGA